AUGGAGCAACUGACGAAGUGCGAUGAGAUAGUUCCCCACAUAGCUGCGUUCAAAGUAUCCUACUACAACCCCAAGGAUGGAGCAACUGACGAAACUGAAGACAUAGGGAACGACGAACCAAAUCUUUGCCUUGCAUGCGAUAACAGUGAGUCUCCUGGAAACCCCAAGGAUGGAGCAACUGACGAACCCCAGUUCGACGACCACCUAAGGCGUGCGAUGGAGUUGAUCGCGGACGAUCGAUCCCUGCCACCACACUUAAAGGCAGCCAUCGGGAUAUCUUUUCGAGAUAAGAAGGAACUUUAUGAUGUAUUAGUGAGAAACAAGCAAUUUUUGAAGGAAAAGAAAUAG